CAAAAACUCUACUUUACUGUAUACCUUAAAUCCUUCCAAAAAAAACUGCCUUCUCCUUCACUCCCCUCUUAUCUAUAUAUAUCCUUUUCUUCUUCUCCUUCCUUCCCUCACCAAGAAAAUCAGGAAAAAAAAGUUUUUAACUUUGGGUUUUUCUUUCUGUGUUUCACGGGCAAAUUUGAAGCUAAAUUGGUUGGGUGUUGGGUUAAAUUAGUUUAUCGGUGUUUUUGAAUCGUGAGUUUUUCGUUUCUUCGGGGGUAAUACCCUGGUUAGACAAAUUGUGGACAUCACGGCUAUACACAGAGUUCACCGGCCUCUUAUCCAUGCCCGAUCUGUUCGACCGAAGAGUUGUGUAACAGAGAGCAACCCUUCGCCGAACGGUGGGCGUGGAGCUUUGCCUUCCGAAGGCGGCAGUCCUUCGGAUCUCCUCUUCCUUGCUGGUGGUGGUCUAGUCUUUUAGAGUUUCAGUAGUAAGUAUUAACUAGCCUUUAGUCUAUUAAGGGAAAAAAAAGAGAAAAAAAUUACUGUCAUCGAAGAUGUUUAUUUAGAUCGCUCGUAAGAAUAAAUUGCUCGUAAGAAAGUAGUAAGAAGAUGAUGCUCAGGAUUAAGAGGGUUCCCACUGUUGUUUCGAAUCACCAGAAGGAUGAGACGGAAGAGACCGCUCGCCGUAACGGUGGAUGUGGAAAGAACUGCCUUAGGAGCUGCUGCAUUCCAGGAGCAAGCAAGAGGCUGAAUAAGAUUGAUGGCGAAGAAGAUGUGCUUGCAGUUGAGGACAACGAACCCCCUGUUGCUUUUCUCAACUCACUCAUUCUUGGGGAGUGGGAAGAUCGCAUGCAGAGAGGGCUCUUUCUGUAUGACGUUACUGCCUGCGAAACUAAGGUGAUUCCUGGUGAAUAUGGCUUCAUUGCCCAGCUGAACGAGGGCCGCCACCUGAAGAAGAGGCCAACUGAAUUCCGUGUUGAUAAGGUUCUCCAGCCCUUUGAUGGGAACAAGUUCAACUUCACCAAGGUCGGGCAAGAAGAGGUUCUCUUCCAGGUUGAGGCAAGUGAAGAUGUUGAAGUUCAGUUCCACCCAAGUGCUCCCAUCGAUGUUGAGAAUGCCCCAAGUGUUGUAGCCAUAAAUGUCAGUCCAAUUGAAUAUGGACAUGUGCUGUUGAUCCCUCGAAUCCUUGAGUGCUUGCCCCAGAGGAUUGACCGUGAGAGCUUCUUGCUGGCACUGUAUAUGGCAGUUGAAGCUGGGAAUCCAAAUUUCAGCUUGGGUGCAUUUGCUACAAUCAACCACCUUCACUUUCAGGCUUACUACUUUGCUCUGCCCUUUCCCAUUGAGAAAGCUCCCACUAAGAAGAUAACCUCUUUGAAGGAUGAAGUGAUCAUCUCAGAGCUUUUAGACUAUUCGGUCAGGGGUUUUAUCUUUGACGGUGGUUACACUCUUCAGAACUUGUCUGACGCUGUCUCUGAUGCCUGCAUUUGCCUUCAAGAGAACAACAUACCAUAUAAUGUCCUCAUCUCUGAUUGUGGAAAGCGGAUCUUUCUCCUUCCACAGUGCUAUGUUGAGAAACAAGCUCUUGGGGAAGUGAGUCCGGAGCUUUUGGACUCCCAUGUGAACCCAGCUGUGUGGGAAAUUAGUGGUCACAUUGUGUUAAAAAUGAGGAAGGACUAUGACGAGGCAUCUGAUGAAAACUCUUGGAGGCUCCUUGCCGAGGUCUCUCUCUCUAAUGAGAGGUUCCGUGAAGUGAACAAACUUAUUUUCGAAGCCAUUGCCAAUGGCGAAGAUAACAUCGAAAGCACUGCCAAUUCUAUGCUUAAGGAGCCCGUCGAAGAAAAGAACACCGUCACUAAAAGCUCCCACCGUACCAUGGUGUCCGGGACUCAAGAAUGCCUCGUUCAGCAGUAAGAACCGGCGUUGCACAAACCGAACUCUGCCCCUUGUAUUUUCAGUUUCGACUAUGUCUGUUUGGUGUCUAUGAUCGUGUAUGUGUGUUGUAUGGCACUGGUAGCCUAAAUAAGCAAACUUAGUUUGCCUUGAUGUGUAUGGUUAUUCAACAUUGUGAAAACUGCUAUCUGCGUGUUGGUUUGGUGAUUGGAUAAUGUAAAAUGACAUUAAUGUUGUGUAUUACGUGCUAAUAAAUAAGUGCAUGUGAUUAUUGUGUGCUGUUA